AUGAAAGAAACAACCUAGUUGAAACCGGUGACAUAGAAAAAAAGCAAGAGCAACUUUCUAUUGGAAAUGAAUGAGAAGGAUAAAGAAAUCAAUAAUCAGAUCAUUAAGAACAUGAAUAAGCGAGUUAAUUAUCUAAAGAACCCUCGAUUCAAAAUUAACAAAGCGCCGGUUCUGUUUUCAUACAUCAAUACAAAGCAAGAUAUCGUGGUGGAGAAGGAUUAGACAACAUCCUUUAGAGUAUUUCCGAAAUAAUUGAUAUUCAGAGAGUACAUGUUGAAUGGCAUGUAUGAAAUAGAUUUGUAUGUUACCAAUGCCACUGGGACUUUGUAGAGAAUCAAAGUGUUACCACCUGAAAAAAAGGAGUUUCAGAUAGCAGCAAUCAAAUACCCAACAAAGGAGGAUGGAUUCAUAGCUCCAGGGAUGAGUGCAGUAUUAAAGGUCAGAUUCAAUCCAUCCUCAUUGGCAGAGUUUGAUGAUACUAUUGCCUUAAUAACGGAAGAUCAUAUUUUAAAAGUUCCAUUAUUGGCAAGAAAAGAACCUCCACAACUGGACUUGCCAUCAUAAUUAGAUUGUCAGAGUUGUUGGAUAGGUGAUUAAGUAGAAACAAGAUUUGUAGUUAAAAAUUCUGGAGGAGAAGCAGGCUAUCGUUUUUUUAUAAAUAAUCAAUAAGAUUAGCAAGAAGAGGAGAAUUAUAUAUAGAUUGGUAAUUUCUACUUAUCGCCUGCUGAAUUCUUCUUGCAUAAAGGAGAAACACAAAUCAUCUAAGCCAUAUUUAAACCAGAUCUUGAAGGCGAAGUCAUUGAAAACAUCAUUUUGGGAUGUGACAAUUUGACUCAGGCCACAUUAAAAUUGAUUGGCAGAGGCAACAUGGUAGAAUUAGGGAUCUUAGGGAUUGAUAACAUUAAUCUCGAAAAUUAAGAGCAAUUAUAAAAAAUAUUCUUUAACGAUCCCAUCCCAAAGGUAGAGACCAGUAGACAAUUAAAGAUAAGAAAUAAAACAUCAGUUAAAGUUAAAUAUCACUGGUAUCUACAAAAUGAUGAUAAGGAAUUAAAAUUAGAAGAUGAAUAGAACUAUUAUUCCAUCCAACCUCAAGAAGGAUAUUUUUAACCUAACGAAGUCAUAGACUUUAAGAUAUUUUUACAGAGUGAAGAAUAUUACCCGCUAUUUUAAACUGCCUAUUUAAUCAUUGAUGAUAUUCCAUUUGAAAGUAUUAGGAAUCCACCUCCUAAUUUGAGACAGCAAUUUGAAACUAAUUCAUAAUCUGUGGCUAUUGGAUCUAAUAGCAUUAAACCAUCAAUCACUUACUUUGAAUUUGAAUUGAUUAGCAAAUCUGCACUUGGGGAAGUGAGUGUUACACCUCAAUUCUACAAAUUUCCUGUUCCUAUUUGUGUGAAUACAUUGGCCUAGUAUAAAUUUUAGUUGUCAACGACAUCUAAAACCUAAAUGAAAUAUUCAAUUAAUCCCCUUCAAUUGGAUUAUUUCUAUAUUCAAGAAAAACAAGGUGUCAUUAAUAAUGAAGCUGAGAUUGUCUUGGGGGUUCAAAGUUCUGAGGUUGGUCAAAUGAAGUUGGAAUACAGAAUAGACUUUGAUUAUGCUAAUUCUAUUUUAAUUACAGUCUUUGCUGAAGUCAUAGCUCCUAUUAUAUCAGUAAAACAAAGUUGGUUGAAUUAUGGAUUGAUUCAAACUUAUUCAUUGGAGUCAUAAGAAAUAACUAUUAAUAAUUUGUCACCAGUUCCAGCUCUGAUUAAAGCAUAGUCUGGAUCAGAUCAAAGAUUAUUAUUUAAUAAGGAUUAAUUUGAGAUCAAACCAAACAGUUCAAUAUAAUUUAAAGUUGAAUUUCAAUCUCGAGAGGCUGAAACUUAUAAUGAUUUCUUAUAUUUUUCUGUUGAAAAUGGAGAUUGUGUUGUUUUAGAUGUAUUUGCAGAAGUAUAAAACCCAAGUGUUUCCUUAAAUAGAUUAUCUCUUAAUAUUGAUACACUGUAUUGUGGAAAUACCUACACCUUUGAUUAAAGAGCAUAAUAAUACAUAAUGCUAUAGAAUUUAGGUAAUAUCAGUACUCCUUUUGAAUGGGUGGUUGAUAAUGAGAAAUAAGAUAAAUACUUAGUCCAAUUUGAACCUAAAAAGGGAGUUCUUAAGCCAAAAACAAAUUAAAUAAUUAAAUUCUCCAUAAAACCUAAAGAAGGUGGUAAAUUGAAUGAACUCUUCGUUUGUGAAGUGCAAGGCUUGCAAUAUCCAUUGGGAUUUGAGAUGAAUACCAUGAUUUAUGGAUUGUCUGUUGAAUAUGAAUUAGUGGAUGAUAGUGCACACAUUUCUUCGAAGACAUCAGUCAGUUCAAAAUCAAAAAGUCUCAAGGAUUCGAGGAAAUCACUUUUGAAGGCAGACACUGAAAUCAAAAAUUAAUAAAUGGAUAAAUUAGAAUUUUACAAUUGUACUAUCAACUAGCCAAAACAAGCUAAAUUCUUAAUUAAGAACACAUCUGGUAUUCACACAUAAUUUAAUUUAUUCAUGAGAAAAUAUCAGCCACAUGCAUUGGAAGAGUAAUCAACUCUGUUUGAUGAUUUCGAUGCUAAAUCUUAAGCAGCAAGAACAAUCAAAUUUGCUGAAUCUUCAAUUUCUAAAUCUGUAUCCAAAAAAGGGAAGAUCUCCUAAGGAGGUAGACCUGUAGUGCUAUUAACAAAUAAGAUUGAGAAAACACAUAAUUUUACAUCUGAAGCAGGACUGAAAUUGAAUAAGCAAAAGAAGAUGGAGCAUGAUUAAAGGGUGUAUCUGUCUAAUAAUCUGGGCAUUGCAGUUGUAUUUGAACCAUCCUCUGGUACUUUGAAUGCAUAUGGAUCUGUGGUUGUUUAAGUGACAGUGUUCAAUGAUAUUUGUGGAUUGUUUGAAGACUUAAUGUGUUGCGACAUUCGAGGACUGCCUACAAAGGAAUUUCCAAUUGCAAUAGAUAUUAAAGGAUCUCCUAUUGUCAUUAGUCCCAGUCAACUAGGAUUUAAUUACAAAACAGAUUUCCCUACUUUCGAUUUAGGUACUUACAUGCGAAACUUUGGAACAAUCAGCAGAGAUUUCAGAGUGAUGAAUACAGGUCCUUAGGAUGUUGAAUUGGAAUGGAAAAUCUAUAAUUUAGGAAAUAGCACAGUGUCGGAUUACUUUGACAUUAAAAUAACAGAACCACAACUAGGAUCGGAUUCAUUGUGCGAUGUUUAAUUUAUAGCAAAUGAGCCUCCAGAAUCAACGGAUGGUCCAUACUAAGUGGUACCAAAUAAGGAGAGAAUUAAGUAGAGGAAGGAGAAGCAUUUCACUUUACAUUUCACUACUCAAGACACUGGAAAUUAUAGUGCUUGUUUGGUAGCCAGGCCAAGACUGAUUAAUUAGGAUAAGACCAUAGGCGAAGUUGCUUUCUAUGUGAAAAGUGAGACUAUCACACCUUACUUGACAUUUGAUAAGCUUGAAAAGUUGGAGGGAGGGUUUCAGGUUAAGUUUUAGAAAUGGUCUAGUGGUUACAAUCAAAAGUAGGAGAAGAAGUUGGUUUUAGUCAAUAGGUAAAAGUCAAGUUUUGUAUGUACAUUUGAAAUUGAGGGACCAUUCAAAUUAAUUUAGACAUCUACGAAUUCACCAUAGAAAUACGAACUUGGUAUGAAGACUGAAAUUGCUAAAACAUUCAAUUUAGUAACUGAUUCCCAUGUGGAAUUGCUUGUGAAGUUUGACGGUUAUCAGCCUAAUGACCCAGUUAAUUGGCCUCUUACUUAUAAAGUGUAUCAUCAUGGAUCAAUAAAUAUCUUUUAUGCCAAUGGAGACAAACAGUCAAUUUAAUUGGAAGGGAUUCUAUUGAGACCCUUUGUCCACUUAAAUACCUCUGGGAUUGAUCAAGUUGAAGGACCUGAAGUAUUGGAUUUUGGAGAUGUUCAGGAGGAUAAAACUAUUGCUAUUUAUUUGUCCAAUUUAUCUUUAGUGCCUGCCUAAUGGAAAUUGCAGCAUUAAAAAAAUCCAUUAAGGAAAAAUAUAGUGGAACGAACUAUGACUUUGGAGGACAAGGAAGAAAUGAAGAAAACCGAUGACCCAUCUGUGUUUGAAUUUUAAAUUACAGAAGGUAAGUUGGAUGGGCCAUCCACUAUGGUGCAUACUUUACCUCAUGCUACAUGCUUACCUUAUGAAAUAACCAUUGAUGACAUAAGAGAGUUAGGUGUAUAGCCAUUCAAGAUUCUCAUUAGAUUCAAACCUACUGCUGAAUUGUUGUACAAGUCCAAGUAUAGAAUUAAAGUUUAGGAUGGCCCUAGUGUGGAUUUCAUUCUCAGAGGCACUGGCAAAGAUUUGAUCAAAAGAAAAGUAUGA